AUGUCGAAAGUCAGAGACUGUGUCACAUCCCACUCAUUGUUUACCAAGUCUAGAUUAUACUCUCUUUACUCUGAUUUUAGGAAGUUGAAGGAAGUUAAUCCAUAUGGUUACGAGGCUAAUAUGAUUGCAUGGAAAUCAUUAGUUGAAACUUUUUUCCAAAAGCAAGUCCUCAAAGAUAUUUUUGUCUUAUCCACAGAUGGUCUACUAGAAGAGUUGACACUUGCAGAAUAUGGGAAGCCAAUGUCAUUAGAUUUGGUGCUUGAUGAGCUGAUCGCUACUGGUGAUUUGAUCCCAAUUAAACAGUACAAACAAAGGACAGAUAGCAUUUAUUCAAGAAAAUGGAUAAGGCCAAUGUUGAACUGGACGGUGAACAGAUUCAUUUACGAUACCUCUUACAAAAUCGGUGAUAGAAAACACCAGCUAAAGUCAGAUAAGUUGAUAUCCAAGAACUUAUUGGAAGAUUACGUGAAAGAACUUGAAAACAAAACAGCUUUAGAAAAUUUAUCUACCCAUUCUCGAAAUGUUUUCACAAAGCUCGAGCUGCUUAGUUACUUGAAUGCUUUGAAUAUUCAUUUGUAUGGAAAAAUUGUGAAGCUAUCUGAUCUUGAUUAUGAUAUUCUUUUAACAUAUCUGGAGAGGGAUGUUCAUAAGGUCAAAGUUAAAGGCGACAUAGUGAAAUUUGGCACAGAUGAAGUAACGGAAGAGGAUGAAUCAAUUGCUGAAAUCAAAUCCACGUUAAAAAGCUUGAACUCUAAGACCGAAGAACUUCAGCAAAAGCUUGAUAACGUUUCAUUGAGAUUGAAAGAGAGUUUGAGAAAUAAGAACAAUAAAGAUUUAUCAUUAAACUUACUCAGAUCCAAGAAACUCGCAGAAAAUUCGCUCUCAACCCAAUUGUCAUUGACGAACCAACUAGAAUCAGUCAUGUACAAAAUUGAUGAAUCCUCAAGUAAUGUUCAAUUAUUGAAAGCUUUGGAAAAUGGUACUGUGAUAUUGAAAAGUUUAAACUCACAAAUUGGAGGUGUUGAAAGGGUUGAAAAGAUCAUGGAUGAUUUAGAGGAAGAAACGUAUCAAAAUGAUAAGAUUGCUGCUGAAUUUAAUCGUCUCGAUACACAAGUUGAUGACUCAGAGAUUGAAGCAGAGUUUGAAGAGAUGUUGUCCCAAGAAAAG